AGUGCUCUGCUGUCCGUGUCUCUGUCAUUGCCCCGCUGCUCCGACCUCCCAGAUUCUAUAUAGCCUGCCUUGGAUUCUUGGCCUGCUUUAGUAUAUAGCAGAUCCAUAUCUUCCUCUCUAACGGGAGCAGAAACGUACGGCUGCUAGCUCUUCUUGGUUUGCAGUUUGCACUUUGCACACAGCUCAAGAAACAGCUAGCUAGUGUGAUAAUCAAUGGCGUUAUCAGCUGCUCCUGCCGGCCAGGCACCGCCGCUGGGUAAGCAGCUCAGCUACCAGCUCGCCGCUGCUGUGAGGAGCAUCAACUGGACUUACACCAUUUUCUGGUCCAUGUCCACCAGCCAGCGCCCACCUGGAGUUCUGACGUGGAAGGACGGCUUCUACAACGGCGAGGUAAAGACGAGGAAGAUCAUAAGCUCGACUACCACGGAGGUUACCGCAAACGACCUCAUCCUGCAGAGGAGCGAGCAGCUAAGGGAGCUCUACGAGUCUCUCCUGUCCGGCAAGGCGGACCACCGGGCGAGGCGUCCUGCCGCCUCGCUGUCCCCGGAGGAUCUCGGGGAAGCCGAGUGGUACUACACGCUGAGCAUGACUUACUCAUUCCGGCCUGGUCAAGGGUUGCCAGGCAAGAGCUUUGUGAGCAAUGAACAUGUUUGGUUGUACAAUGCUCAAUACGCAGACACUAAAACUUUCCAGCGCGCUCUCUUAGCAAAGACUGCGCCUAUUCUGACAGUCGUUUGCAUCCCCUUCAUGGGUGGUGUGCUGGAGCUUGGAACGUCGGAUUUGGUGUUGGAGGAUCCAGACAUGGUGAACAGGAUCGGCACAUCUUUCUGGGAGCUACCCUUCCAGGCGUGCUUGGAGUCGGAGGCGCUAAGCUCCAGUCCAUCAACAAACGAAACUAGGAACAGGGAGGUAGAAAUCGUCGUGUUCGAAGACCUUGAUCACAAUGUCGCCAAGGGGUUCAUCUCUGAGCUAGGCGAGGUCGAGAGCAUGUCCGACGCCAACAUCAAUUGCAUCACUGAGGAAGUGGAUGAGUUCUAUGGCCUCAUUGAGGAGUUGGACGUGUGUGCUCUCGAGGACAACUGGGUCAUGGAAAGGUCCUUUGAGUUCAUGUCUUCCUUGGAAAUGGCGCCAGACAUGGACGCACCAAGAAUCGAUGAUAACACCAUCACUUUAAGUAGUUCUGUUAAUGGCUGUCGUCCAUCCUGCUUUACUGUAUGGAAGAGGUCAUCAGACUGGGAAGGCAUGGAUGUGCGAGAUCCCGGGGAGUCACAAAAGUUGCUGAAGAAAGUUUUGGCGGGUGGUGGAUGGACAAUGAGAGCUCAAGAAAGUAACAUCAAGACACAUGUCUUGUCGGAAAGAAGACGCCGGGAGAAGCUCAACGAGAUGUUCCUAGUUCUCAAGUCAUUGGUCCCGUCCAUUAACAAGAUGGACAAAGCAUCCAUCCUCGCAGAGACGAUAACUUAUCUCAAAGAGCUAGAGCAAAGGGUAGAAGAGCUAGAAUCUAGCAGGGCACCAUCAUGGCACCCAAAAGAAGCAACGGGACAGGGGCUCCAUGAUGUUGCCGGAAGGAAGAAGAUCAAACUAUCAACUGGAUGCAAGAGGAAGGCGCCGGAGUCAGAGAGGGAGGAUGACGAUGGCCCAAGCAAUGUUGUCAAUGUGACCAUGAUGGACAAGGAGGUGAUCUUGGAGGUGCAAUGCCGAUGGAAGAAGCUUUUGAUGAAACGAGUGUUCGACGCCAUCAAGAGCCUCCAUUUGGACAUCAUCUCUGUGCACACAUCCACACCGGGUGGCCUUCUUGAUCUCAAGAUACGAGCCACUGACCAGGUCUCAAUCGCACCACCUUCUAAGGUUGCGGCUGGUUCUGCUACUGUGGCACCUGGGAUGAUCACUGAAGCGCUUCAGAAAGCUAUAAGCAACAACUGGCAAAAUUAAUAUCAAAAGCAUGACCAGACACCAGUAGAGCAUGGUAUAGUGUUCAUACACUGAUGGUUAUGUUCUUCAGAUAGGACAAUUGCAUCAGAUAUGACUAUAUCAACAUCAGACGUGAAUGCACUUCAUUUGUACACGAUGACAACAUGCAUAGCAACGGUACAUCCAGUGAGCAAUAUUUCGUGUAGAGUCAGCUGGUACUUUCCCACAAUUGGCAGAGUAUUGGCUUCCCUCACAACCAUUUGGGUGAUAUGCGCCAGCUUUCUCUCUGGCUAAAAAUAAUUAGGACGGCUGCAAAAAAACUUGGAAAAAAGGUA